CGUUCACUAUAAAGCAGCCUGUGCUGGAUCAGCGCUCCAGGGACGAGCAGAAAGAGAGAGAGAGAGAGAGAGAGAGAGAGAGAGAGAGUGGACUGAAGUAAAGAGCACAAGGGAGAGGGCAAGAAAGUUAAACAGAAAGAGAUAGAAAAGUGGGUGGACUGUACUGUGUACUGAGAGAAAGAGAGAGAGAGAGAAGGAGGGAGAGAGAAGGAGAGAGAGAGUACAGUAUACAAAAACAGUCACUGGAAAGCAAUAAGCAAACCAAAUUGCCACAUCUUGAAAUUUGCAACCUGAAGUCUGGUGAAGAUUUGGAGUUGGAGUUUAUUCAUUCUCAAAGUCUGAAGUGUUAAGAAAAGAGUUUAAGGCUCAGUGUGAGGAAGGAGCACGUGCGCACGUGACGUGGCCAUGUCGUGGUUCGGCUGGAGCGAGCCUCAGUACCGGAGCGCGCGGCGCGAGCCGGCUGAGGUGGUGACGGACACGCUGAUGCUCGAGCUCAGCUGGCAGAUGAAAGAGGCGGAGCGGCUGCAGCGCGAGCGCGAUAACGAGUACCGGCGGCUGCGCACCGGCGUGGACUACAGCUGGCUGGUGAGCGCGCCGCGCGUGUCCUACGACAUCAGCCACGGAGAGAGACUGGCGCUCGAGGACCUGUGCAGCAAAGUACAUCCGUCCUACUGCGGAGCCGUGAUCCUCCGGUUUCGUCAGGUCCUGACAGAGAACGAGCCAGAGGUGCAAGAGGUUUCCGGGCUUUUCCGUGCCGUUCUUCUCGAGACACUGGAGCGCAUUCAGGAGGAGAAAGAGGCACAGCGUUUGGCUCGGCAGUGGAAUAACAAGCGCUCCAUCAGCCUGUCCAUGCUUACAUUCAAAUCUCGAAUGAGAAUCAAUCCGUUCGGCAGCUCUGUGGCUCUCACCUCCAGCAGUUCUGGAUUAGAGGAAGUCCACACCAUAUCUCAGGAUGUCGAAAAAGGACUUGGACACACAGCUGAAAAGACACAACGUGUGUUUAGCAUGCCUGAUUUCAGACACAAAGGCAUUAAUGGUCAUGUGUGAUGGAUGUUUGGACUCCAAAAACGCAACUUCACGAAUGGAGCUGCACUGGGGAUAAAAAAAACAAAAAAACAAACAAACAAACAAAAAAAACCCUAGAAGGUAAAUUCACCAAACAUCGUACAAUAGUUUUCUGCACAUCACUUUCCAUUUUCAAAAGCACAACAAUAAAUAACCUUUUUAUUUCAUUUUCUAUAUAAAAAUGGUAAUUAUAUAUAUAUGUAAUGAUUUCUCUGAUUGCAACAUACCUUCAUACUGAUGGUAUUGUAACACUCCUGCUGAGUUUCCAAAGACAGUUUGGCACUUACUCUAUGUAAAUGCCAUGUAUAUGGUUUAGGUUUAGUGCUAAAAAUUGAAAAAUUUAAACUUAUAGAUCCUUUAACAGCUGUGAAUUUCAGUGGAGGAUGUUUUCAGGGGCUGGUUUGUAUGGCAUUUAGCAGUCUGUACCUGACAAACCACUUUUUAAAUUGCAAAAAAAUCUUUUUCUAAGACACAAACCUAAAGAUUACAUACAGAAGCUUAGAAUGUUGUACAAUAUGUUAAAUUAAAGCAAUGUUUUUUUAAAAAAAAAAUAGUAGCAUUUUCCAAAUCUUCAGUAAGUGUGAAAUGUGAAUUUUUUUAAUCAAAUGAUAAAUAAAUUGAUAAAUUAAUUACUCUAUUUAAACCAUUCCACUGAUGACAGAUAGGCGUGUAUAUCAAUUGUGAUAAAAGAAAAAUGGCAGAAAAAUGUUCUAGCUUUAUUAUAUUACAUGUAUAAUGUAGUUGCUACAUUAAUUAUACAAGCGUUAAUAUUCAAGUCUGACUGGUGUGUGUGAAAAUCCCAGGACAUCAGCAGUUAUAGAAACACUCAAACCAGCCUGUCUGGCGCCAAUAAUCACGCCAUGGUCAAAAUCACUGAGAUCACAAUUUUCCUCAUUCCAGUGGCUGAUGUAAACAUUACCCAAAGCUGCCGGCCCUUAUCUGUUUUAUUUAUUUAUUUAUUUAAUGCACAACCCCAGACUGUAUAUGUAUUCAAUCGAGAACAGCAUAUACAAGCAACACAGAUCUGAUGUGUAAAGAUUUACCCACACAGCUGUGAGACAGUUCUGAUUUGUUCAAUUUAAACAAAAACAAUUUGUCUGGAUUUGUGCCACAUCAACACUUAAAGUGAUGUCAUGUUGUUACAUUGUACUUGAGGUUUUAUAUUAAUGUAGAUAUUUAAAUAUUCAUUUUUUUUGUAUGCAAGUGCAUAGAAAUGAUAAUAAAGGCAAUCUUAAAUAGAACUAUAGGCAUUUAUAAUACUAAUUUGACCAAAAAAUGGAUAGGAGUGCUUAGGACAGACAAAGGAUGUCCUAAAUUCUUGAUAUUGUCAUUUCAAUAUAAAUAUCAGUUUUAUGUCAUUUAUAUAAUUGUAGUUAGAGCUAUAGUUAUCCAUGUGUGUAUGAAGAUGGAGUUGAGGAUGAGCAACCAUGGGCCUACCUCAGUAAAAUUUUACAAUAUGCUAGAUUAAACAAAUACUCAUACAAAAUGCAUCUUCUUUACCUCCCUGGAAGGCAUCUGAAAUAUUUUGUUGAAAUAAGUUUCACUAAUUUGCUAAUAUUAGCAUUAACUGAAAUAUAUUCAACGGAGUUAGUCUGUUUCCUUUGCUAAUGCCAGGACAGACUAGCUUCCAUUCCAGUAGCUAACAUAAAUUGGCUAGGCAGCAGGUCAAAUCCUAGUUAAUGGCAAAUACUGCAAACUUACAGAGAUUGCAUGAAGUUUUCAGGCAAAAUGACUUAGUUUAAGAUAAAAAUCAUCCAGAGUGUCCAAAGUCAGUGGACAGAUGUUAAAUGUUUGAAUGUUAGAUGACCUCCAGCAGACUGUGUUAACUCAGCUAGAUUGAAAGAGCCUUUUUUUCCCCCUCUGACUACACCUGCAAAUUAAUUUACUGAAUGAUAUUUAGUCAUGGCUACAGACAAAAAGCGCACUGUUAACAAGUGAGAAGGAGCAACUUCAAAAGCACUGGAAACAUGCAGUACAUGCCCAGUAUGCCUUUGUCAUUUUUUGCAUUGCACAGCUAAAGAAAUUCUUUAAAUAAAUCCAGCAGCACAUUUGGACUGAUUUAUUUUUAUUUAUCUAAGAAUCCUUACAGUUGUCUGCAUGUUCUCAAUUCUUACCCACUUAAAUUUAACACGACAAAUAACACACAUUUUGUGAAUGCUGCACCACUUUUUUCAUAUUUAUGUAAUAUGUGCCAUCACUGUGUCUAUGGAUAUUUUUUACAUGUCACUUUCAAUGUCUCAUACGUCUUUUUAGGUGAUACUGGUUUUUGCUGUAAUUCUGAAAUUUGGGGUAUUGAAGAAAAAAAGUCAGUCUGGAUAAAAAAAAAAGUCACUGUGUUUUUCUCAUUUUAAAAACCCGGGCAA